AUGUCUAUGUUCGGGGCGCUAAAUCGCUUCAUAUCGCGAUUAGACGCUGCACCCCUCAACGAGGAGCAGCAGUCUGCUACCAAUGGCGCAUACGGAUUCCAGGUGCUGAGAAAUGCCAAUCCAGAAGUACCUCUAGAGCCAUGGUUUGAUUUUGUCAUUGGAAUCAAUGGGCGAACUAUUGAUAACCCCGACCCAAGCCUCUUUGCGACAGAGGUACGGAACUGUGCUGGCACAACAAUUAGUCUGGGCGUAUUCAGUGCGAAGGGCCAAAAGAUCCGGGAAGUCUAUCUACAGAUCCCCGCAAACCAGCCUACACUAGGCAUCUCCCUGCAAUGGUCCCCACUUGCCAUCGCAGAAGACGUCUGGCACAUCCUAGACGUAGCUCCCAAUUCACCCGCUGAUGCCGCGGGGUUGCUACCCUACGGUGAUUACGUCAUCGGCAGUCCCGAAGGGCUUGUGCGCGGCGAAUCCGGCUUGGGUGAGCUUGUUGAAGACUUCAUGAACAGGCCGUUGAGACUAUACGUGUAUAACCAUGAAUACAACGUCACCCGACCUGUUACCAUCACGCCAACACGUAACUGGGGCGGUGAGGGUGCGUUGGGCUGUGUUCUGGGCUUUGGGGCUUUGCAUCGUAUUCCAGCGGGGCUGGACGAGCCGCCGCCAGCGCCUGGGGAGACGUUCUUCUCCACGGGCGAUGCUAGUGGGGCUACCUCGUUCGACGAGAAACGCCCUUUGACGGGCACCGCUGAUUUCUCUGCUGUUCAGCCCCAGGGUGCACCGGCUGAAUUGUUUGUACCAGCCAAUAUGGCGCUACCGUCGGUCUCUCCACCGCCUCAGGGCACGGUGCCGCCUCCAAAGAGGAAAGGCAGAGCGCACCAUGUGGCUAGCCCCGCAGAUGGCGGUGGUGGUGUCCUGGACGACUACUUCAAAGAAGGCGAGCAGAAGAGUCUAGAGCAAGAUUAUGCACCAAAGAAGACCAGUGGUGUCCCUCCGCCUCCGAAGGCUGGCGGUCCGCCAAGAGGUCCGCCCAAGAGUGGUAGUGCGAGCAGGACAGGCACACCAGUCCAAAGCGAUGGCAAUGCGGAGGGUACAGCAGACCCAGAAGCAGCAUAA